AUGAUGCCAAUUGAACUUGCCCCUAUUCCUUGUAAUGACAAAGCAGUGGAGAAGCUCUCCCGACUGGCCGUCACUUACAUCAAUGAGGAUAGAUCCGAGGGUUACAAGUUUGCCCUAAAUCGAAUUGCCAAUGUCCACCUUCAUGCUCAGGGGCCAGCAGGUAAUGUCUAUUAUCUAGAUUUGGACGUCCUGGAGACAAAGUGCCACAUAGGAAGUCCAAAACCAUGGAAACGAUGUGAUGUUAGGCCGUUCAUGGAAACACAAAUAUCUGGGAAUUGCAACACCACCAUCCUUCACACACAGGAAGGAUACUCUUACUUGUACAGCUACGACUGCACUCUUGUUCCAGAUCCACCAGAGAAGCUGCAGCAGACCUGUCCCGCUUGUCCCCUCCUGCUUCCCGUAGACAGCCCUCAGGCCAUCACUGCAGCUCAAGUCACACUAGAGUCCUAUAAGAGGAAGUCCCUGCUCGGGUCUGGGCUGGGGGUGAAAAAGAUUUUGAGGGCAGCCCAACAGACAAGACCCGUGAAAACAAGCCUUGUGGAGUACACCGUCCAGCAGUGUCCGGAGGGAAACACUGAAACAGGCAGCUGCCAAAGACUGACCGCAGCCUCAGACACAGAGACGACAGGUUUCUGUUCCGGAUCCGUGCAUGGUGAUGUCAGUCUCCAUCCGGAAGUCCACGUGUCCUGUGAGAUGUUCAAAGUACAGACUGUGGACGUCCUCACACCUCUGCAGCCGCAGGGUCACGACUUGGCCCCAGAGUUCCCUGUGAUCCACUCAGAUGUCCCCUUCAUCAGUGACCCAGACCCAGCUGUACCUGAGCCUUUUGCCUCAAUCGAUCCAGUACCGGUUGAUCCUGGAACACCUCCCCCCCCAGCUGCUCCUGCUCCUCCUGCUCCUCCAGCCCCCCCAGCUCCUCCAGCUGCUCCUGCUCCUCCAGCUCCACCCCCACCUCCUGUAAUCCUACCCUCAGACCCCCUUACUUCAUCAUCCAGUGAGUCGUAUGAAGGCUUCUUGCAGCGGCCCCCUCCUCCCGCUCAUCCCGCUUCUCCUGCUCUGGGGACGGUGUACAUGGGCUCCUCCUCUGAGGAGGUAGGUGGUCCCCUGGCUCUCCGCCCGCCCCAUAACUUCCGUUACCAGAAAAGGGGUGAUCGGCGGAGGAGACGUCAGGCCUUACCCCUCCGCCCGACCACACACAGUCCAGUCUUCCUCACGGACUUUCCAAAUGGUGCUUCUCCAUUCCGCUCUUGUCCAGGUCCUUCAAGAUUCACCACAGUUUAA